UGGUGUUAUUUUAAAUAAGACGUGUUGGGGGAGAAACUGUGGGCACAAAGCUUCUUUUCCAUCAGUCUAAAGAAAGUUCGCCCGGCUGCCAUGUGAUCCGUGUGCCGAACACCGGCCAGAAUGUCAGCCGUCACCGUAGCCUGGUUCUCGCCCGAGUUGUCAGCGGAGUUUUAUCCGGUGAUCACGGAGUUUCUGUAGGGAGCAACAUGCGCUCCUUAACGGGACUGGCUGCCGUUGUCGGGGCGGCAAGUGUCUACCUCUACCUGCUGUCCACGCAUCUUCCCCCGGGACCCAAGCAGCUCCAGCCUGGCUCCCAGGGGGAGCACGAGGAGGUCCAGGAGUACAGGCUAAAGUUCCCAUCUGACCUGGACGAGCUACGGGAGCUCGCAGAGAUGCUCAAGUUUUACAAAAGACAACAUUACGCCUAUGUUCUGUUGCUCUUCUGUAGCGCAUACCUGUACAAACAGUCUUUUGCCAUACCUGGCUCCUCCUUUCUGAACAUGUUAGCUGGCGCAAUAUUCGGGCCCUGGGAGGGUCUGGCAUUGGCCUGCAUGCUCGCCACCACAGGCUCCACGUUCUGCUUCCUGCUAUCUGCAGCAUUUGGAAAGCAGCAUGUGGUGCACCUCUUCCCUGAGAAGGUGGCCCUGCUGCAGAGGAAGGUGGAGGAAAACCGCAGCAGUUUGUUCUUUUUCCUCCUUUUCCUUCGUUUCUUCCCUAUGACUCCUAACUGGUUCCUUAACAUCACCUGUCCUGUUCUCAACAUCCCUAUGCAUAUUUUCUUUUUCUCCGUGUUCAUAGGUUUGAUCCCCUACAACUUCAUAUGUGUUCGCACCGGAGUCAUCCUCUCAGAGAUCUCCUCACUGGAUGACAUAUUCUCCUGGGGGACGCUAGCUCAGCUCCUCGCCAUCGCCCUCGUGGCCCUCUUACCCGGAGCACUGAUUAAACACUACAGCAAAGGUCGCCUCACAGUGGAUGGUAUGGAUAGCAACGGAAUCAGCGAGACUGAUAUGAAACAGGAACGGAAGAGGCGAUGACGGAGUGUGAGGUAAAAGAAGACCUAAAUGUAACUUAAUGUGAGAAGAAGUGAGGUGAGGAAAAACUGACCGCUGGCUGGCAUGUGACCUUUUGGUGACUCCAGAUUUCUGUAAGGUCACGCCAGAGAGUUAUCAUACCUACAGUACGAUCUGUUCUGAACUUGGCUUCUGAUCAUGUUACACCAAGUUUUAAUACUGAAGGUUCCCUAAAGGUUUGGGGUAAGUUUUCUGAGAUGGGGCUGGAAAUGUCUUGGGCUCCUUUGUUACAGCAAUACUGAGGCAAUUAAAUGCCCUAAAACAAUAAACGUAUUAUUUAAAUACAUACGCUGUAAUGAUCUGCACCUAUUGUCUUAAUUAAACAGGACAGGACUGGCAUUUUUAUAAGGCUAAGCAGUCCAAAAUCUAGAAAUGUUCAGAUUAUUAAUCAGAUAUUAUGAAGAAAAGCAGCACAUUAGAGCAUGUGAGAAGGUAAAACAAUCAUAUCUGUUUACAAAAUGUUUUACCUGAAAAAUAGUUGCAGGUUUUUAUUUUUUCGACAGUGCCUCGUUUCAUGUCAUUUUCUUUAACCCUGCAUAAUGACCCUGAGAAACUUUUUGAACUUCCCCAUCUACAGAUCCAAUCGAAAUCCUAAAACAAACGAAACAUAAUUGAAACCGAACGUGCAGUCUCAGUAUGGAUAUGGCUUUUAUGAUGAUUAUGAGUAUGUUUGUCAUACUGUGAGUUUCAUUUCUGGGCAAACUGAAGGGUGUCUGAUAUACAACAUUUUGGUGCUCUUUCAAAAAUAUAAUCAAAUUUAGUGCCUUAAAAUUACUUUUUUUUUUUUUACAUUUUUUUCCCUAAGUUUCCAUUGGCUGCUAUUCAGGGUUUGUCUCUCUGAUCUGGAUCUGUCAUGGUGGAAAAUACACACAAAAUAUGUAAGCUAGAUUUAGACUGAAAGUCCUACGUAACUAUUUUUGUAAUAACUUUAACACAUUACAUGGACACUGGACUGGAUCUCUUUACAGAUAUUAGAAAAUGUCUGUAAUGUUCUUUAUUUUAUUCAUAAAGAAGAGAGCAGCUAGACUAACAUUUCUCUUACAUAUGUUUAUUUAGUAACUAAUUUGGUAGUCGUUGCUGUUAAAGAAGCUUCAUGGAGAAAAUAUAUUUGGACUUUAAAAUGUUUUGUACCUGCAUUUCCUGAAGCAUUUACACAUGUGUCUUAAUGAAGCUGUUUUUCACUGACAUGAGAGGUGUGAGGUUUCAUGGUGGUUUCAACAAAGAUAAUUUAGAGCAACAUGCUCUAAAUGUUGCAGAAAUGUGGAGCUUUUCUGGACUCAUUUACAGUAAUGAACUAGCUUGUUUUUUUUGUUGUUGUUUUUUAAGAGAGACAUUAUAAUCACUUGUAGAAAAACACUUAAAUCACUCAAUUCAUUCAGUGAAGUUAAAAUCAGCUUUCCAGCCUUUUAUUGUGUCAUUUUUAAUGAGAGAAUCGUAUAAUGUGCUCCUAUUAACACGUGUGGUGUUGCACUUUACAUUUGACAGGAAUUGUUCUUUAUUUAUUGAGUCAAUGUUUGAGAGAAGAAAGUCUUUAGAAAGGAGUCUUAAAAUCUAGCUUUUUAUUUAUAUCAUGAAAGAAAACACACAAAAACAAAUGUUAGGUGCAACAAAUAACCUUAACUGAGAAAAUGACAAACCUUACAAAUCUGAAUUAUCUUGUGUGUAUUUUAGAGGCAUUUCAUGAUCAACCUCAUUUCAGGAUAAUUGUUUGAGUAAAUGUAUACGUACUGUUUUUUGAUAUUCAACAAUAUACUACAGUUUAGGAUUUAGAGUAUCGCAUUUUAUAAUGUAGCCUCCCAGUGUGUGAACUUUUCCUGCUUUCCCUGAUUUGUGAAUGUGAAAAAAACCCAAAGUGCCUAACUUAUUAUUUUUAUCUGUAAUUUUGUCAAAGCAACAUGAUAUAAAUAAAUAAAUUCAAGUUCGUUUGUUUUUUUAUCAGCAGCGUGAAAUUACACAUUUAUGGGGGGCUGGGGAGUUGGUAAGUAUGCUGCCUUUAUUUUUAAAGGGCUUUUUGUGUGGGUGGAACAGGAUUUUUAUUUUCCUCUUGUUUGAUCAAAAAGCUUUUCUUCCCCUCUCCAUCAUGACAGCAGAAAUGAUGGAUUUAGCUUACAAAUCUGAAAAGUGAAGCCAAUGUUUUUGACUUAAACCUUCUAUUUAAUGCCCAUCAUGGGGCAAAAAAGAUUUUUAGUACUGUGGGAGCCUAUGGGAAGUGGCCUAGUGAUGAAAUUACAGGCUCAUCUACACGCUUCAAAAUGGGACAUCAUGGUGGAGUUAUCCAUCAUUUUAUAUUCUAUGGUUGUAUGUAAUGUAAUAAAAAUCGAAAAUGUU